AUGUGCUGCGCACUGUGGUGCACAUUGGGCUCACCUUCAACGUCGACUGCGCUGCUCACUGUCAGCCGCACCAUAUCCGGCAACUCGACUGCGCUAAAGAUAUUUCCGCAUCGCGAGUUCUCGGCCAUCAAGCAGCGCCGAAACGCACUGAUCUCCCAAAAUUUGCACCAGCAGUACUACGUAAAGCUGUGCACAAAGCUUUCUUCCAAUCACGGUGAAGCCUUGAAUGCUUCGUACAGGUACACCGAGCACAAUCGCACGGAACACUUGGUCCUCGAAGAGUUAGAGACGUACAGCUCGCGUUCGCGGCUGAUGUUGUUUGUCGACAUUGACGAACUAAUAAAUAAAACGUCGUGCACACUACUACGGCCACUGCGAGAAAUUUUGACCACGGCUGAGAUUUGGAGAGGCACAGAAACACCCGCUGUCUACGUCCAAGAGCUCUACUACUUGCGCGCGCUGUGCAAACUCGUCCAAACACAAGGCGACGCAUCCAUGCACGACUACGUCAGCUGGUUCACCGUGCACACGCUCGCGCCACUCGCCAGCCCCGAUCUGGCGACGAUGUACUACGGCAGCGCUAGGAGAAAGGCUGAAGCCGCCAAGCAGUGUCUGCGGCUCACCGAGCAGUGCCUGGGCUGGGCCACGUACCAGCGCUACUACGCUCGAUUUUCGACAAUGAACGCGCGCAAAAUAGAGCGCGACGUCAUCGAAGACAUUAAGGAAGCGCAAAACAGACUGGUCACUGGCAGCAGCUGGCUGCAAACAGCCGCCGUUGGCCUCGUGGAAAGGCUGAGAGCAACAGGCGUGCGGCUCGCCGUCCCCGUGGAACGCGAUGCUUACAUGGACGACGCGUUUUCGAGCCUCGCUGUCACGGGUGUUGGGUUCGCGUCCAACUGGGGGAAGGCUGCCCGAUUCACGCGCCAUUUGCCUUCGGCGACGCGGGCUGUCGUCGAGUGCGCCUUCGUGGCAACCUCGGAACAGGCGCUGUUCGCCGACUUCGACGCUGCCAGGCAGGAAGUGCUCGUCGCUCCCUACGCCGAGACCCUCCCCGUCUUCGACGCGAGCGUCCCGCAUGCCGUGCGCUACGGGGCCUUCGGCACGGCCGUGGCGCAGGCGCUGCUCGAAGCCUUCCUCGAGGCCCUUAGUGAGCGGCGCGAGCUCGGCUCAGCCUUGAGCGGCCACGAGCAUUGCUACCUGGAUCUGAGCGCUGUGUACUCACGCAGGGAGCACAACGUGGCGACAUUCUUAGCACUGGAAGCAACGUGGGCCGCGUAUUCGGCGCUCGCCGAGGAGCAGACAAUGGAGACACGGCUCACGCUGCUUGAGGGCUUCACCGAGCGCCAGCUGUUUUUCCUGGCUCACUGCUAUCUCUGCUGCGGAUCGUCGCCCGAGAAGGCCGAGGCGCAGUGCAACGGACCUCUGAAGAACAGCGUGGCCUUUGCCACUACGUUCAACUGCCCUUCCGGCAGCGAAAUGAACCCGAAGCAAAAGUGCAACUUUUAUGGUUGA